AGCGUCAAUUCAGCACGGAACACAAUCAAAUUAAUCCUCUUUGUAUUCUCCGUCCCUCGACGGAUCACUCGAGGCUUCGCUCUCUCUAUUUCUUCUCUGUCUCCCCUCCAAAAUCUCAAACCCUAGAUUUUAGCAAUGGCGUCCUCGAUCUCCCUCUCCUCUCUCUCCCUCUCGCUCUCGUCUCCCUCAACCUCCAGAUCUGAGCCUGCUCCUCGAUCCCUCCGGUUCUGCGGCCUCCGUAGAGAGGCUCUAGGGUUUCACCCGCUGAAGAGCUCUUCUUCAGCACUCGGAGUUCGAUCUCGUGUGCGGCUGGUUAAGACGACUCUUUCGGCGUUGAGUUCUGAGAAUGGAGCACCUGCAUCGAAGGGGAACUUUGAUUACGAUCUUGUCAUCAUUGGAGCUGGUGUUGGUGGACACGGUGCUGCUCUUCACGCAGUGGAGAAGGGCUUGAAAACUGCCAUCAUUGAAGGGGAUGUUAUUGGAGGAACCUGUGUAAAUAGAGGUUGUGUUCCAUCUAAAGCUCUUCUUGCUGUGAGUGGCCGGAUGCGGGAGCUUCAGAGUGAGCAUCACAUGAAAGCACUGGGUUUACAGGUCUCGGCUGCUGGUUAUGACAGACAAGGUGUGGCUGAUCAUGCAAAUAAUCUGGCUUCAAAAAUUCGUAGCAACUUAACCAAUUCACUGAAAGCUGUAGGUGUUGACAUACUGACUGGUGCUGGGUCGGUUGUUAGUACACACAAGGUAAAGUUUGGAGAUACAGAAGUUACAGCUAGGGACGUAAUAAUUGCAACUGGAUCGGUUCCUUUUGUUCCAAAUGGCAUUGAAGUUGAUGGGAAGACUGUAAUUACUAGUGAUCAAGCACUCAAGCUCGAGUGGGUUCCCGAGUGGAUUGCCAUUGUAGGAAGUGGUUAUAUUGGGCUUGAAUUUAGUGAUGUAUACACUGCUCUUGGAAGCGAGGUCACCUUUGUUGAAGCUCUGGAUCAACUUAUGCCUGGUUUUGAUCCUGAAAUAGGAAAAUUGGCUCAGAGAAUUCUAAUCAAUCCUAGGAAAAUUGAUUACCAUACUGGUGUUUUUGCAAAAAAGAUUACACCCGCAAAGGAUGGAAAACCUGUUCAAAUCGAGCUUAUUGAUGCAAAAACGAAGGAAUUGAAAGAUACUUUAGAGGUGGAUGCAGCUCUUAUUGCCACUGGUAGGGCUCCAUUCACAAAGGGUCUUGGCUUAGAGAAUAUAAAUGUUGUCACACAACGUGGUUUUGUUCCAGUUAACGAGCUCAUGCAAGUUAUGGAUGCUAAUGGAAAUGUGGUUCCUCAUUUGUACUGCAUUGGGGAUGCCAAUGGGAAAAUGAUGCUUGCUCAUGCUGCUAGUGCCCAAGGAAUCUCGGUGGUUGAGAAUAUAUGUGGAAGGAAUAAUGUGCUAAACCAUUUGAGCAUCCCAGCUGCUUGUUUCACUCACCCUGAGAUCAGUAUGGUUGGCCUUACUGAGCCUCAAGCAAGGGAGAAAGCAGAGAAAGAGGGAUUUGAGAUAAGUAUUGCCAAAACAAGUUUCAAGGCCAAUACAAAAGCUCUAGCAGAAAAUGAAGGGGAGGGCUUAGCUAAGUUGAUAUACAGGCCUGAUUCUGGGGAAAUUCUUGGAGUACACAUUCUUGGCCUGCAUGCUGCAGAUCUCAUCCAUGAGGCAUCAAAUGCAAUAGCCUUGGGAACUCGCAUUCAGGACAUAAAAUUUGCUGUUCAUGCGCAUCCAACCUUAUCUGAAGUCCUUGAUGAGCUCUUCAAAUCCGCCAAGGUUAAUGCUGGUGUAUCUAAUUCUGUACCGGUUGCAGCGUAAGCAUUGUGACAAACAGCGUAAGCAUUGUGAUAAACGGCUUAAUUAUCUGGAGGAAGCAUUCUUACAUAUUGUUGGCCACAUCAAGAGCAUCUUAUUUUCUUCAAAGUAAAGAGAUCCUGAACAUCAUCCACCAGUUACGACUUCUAGUAAGAAAGGUCAAUUUUUCAAAAUUAUUAGGAGCUGUUUAUUAAAGUUUUGAUUCUUUAAUAUAAUGGUAGUGAUCGUUAUUAUUGUAAACAAAACAGCUGGUGCUUUUUUCCUUUCUAUAGUCUGAUGGAUUGCAUUUGUUUUGAGAAGAGCUGUGUUGAGUUUGAUUCAUGUUGAUUUGUUGAAAUUGUUCCUCGAGGCCUUUCAUCCACUAGUACUUUUCGUGUAUUUUGACGAAACACAAGGAGAGAAGGAA